AGUCACAGGAAUGGAGAAAGAAUCAGAAUCAUCUGGUGGUCCAGCUAAAAAAUCACGUGUAGAAAUACAAUCAUUACCAACAAGACAAUAUUUAGAUCAAACAGUUGUUCCAAUAUUAUUACAGGCGUUAUCAAGUCUUGCCAAGGAACGACCAUCAGAUCCAAUAAAUUAUUUGGCUGGUUAUUUAUUAAAAAAUAAAGGUCAAUAUGAUAAUGGAAGUGCACCACCAACUAGCCAAUAAAAAUCAUCAUAAUUAUGUGAUCAUUGAAAAUAUAUUUAUCAACUAUUUUCAUUAACUAUUAUUAAUCUAAUUAAAUAACAAAUUUAUUUUUAUUUUGAUUUCAAACAACAAAAUGCAUGAUCAAAUUAUAUUGUCGAUAAAUUCAUUGUGAUCAUCAAUGACAUUUGUCAUCAACAAUGCAAUCAUUAAAUUUUUUUUUCUAAUGAAAUAUGUAAUAAUUGAAGAACCCAAUUUGUAAAACAAUUUAUAUAAUUUUUAUUUCUUUUUAUAAAUAAAAUAAACAAUUAAAUCAAUUUUUCAGAUUUUUCUUUUUAUUUCUUCAACUGGUUCAAGAUGUUCAUGAUGACUUUGUUUAAUAUUAAUUAAUGAUAAAAUAAUUAAAAAUAAUUGUUUAAAUGAAAGCAUAAAUUUAGCGGGAAAUUUUUUGAUUGGUGAGUGGGUUUUUUUAUUUUGAUUAUUGACACGUUUGUUGUCUAAUCCAACGUCAGCUCGAGCUAAAAGAACCAAGUGUUCCAGUUCACGGAGAAAAAUAAAAUAGCCACCUGAUUGAUCCUACUGUCAAAAAACAUAAACAAAAAAAUAAAAAAACAAAUGUUUAAUAAAUAAAACAGCUGUCCAAUUGAAACAAUCUAUUGGAAUUUGAAUUGAAAAUAUUGAUGACAAGUUAACAACAAAAAUAUGUUUAAAAAAUCCAACAUGUUUAUAAAAUUAUAUUGCAUUUUAUUACUGUACAGUGAUUUUUGUGAUGCUAGAUUGAUUGAUCAAUCAAAACAAGAUGAUGAAGGAAAAAUAAUUGAUUUAUUGUCGUCAAUUAAUUUCAACAAUAUGGAAAAUAUAAAAUCUGAGUCAAGAAGAAGUUAUGGCAAUGAUGGUGAUGAUUAUGAUGAUAGUUCACAAUGGAAAGGACGUUGGUUUCCAGGUGAUUCAAAGAUGACAAUGGGAGUACAUGAAAAUUGUGAUGAUGGAAAGACAAAUUUACAAGUUGAUUGGGACAAUUCACCAGAAAAUUAUACAUGUUUUGAAAGAGCAAUUGAGCCAAAUGAUUCUGAAGAAAAAAUUUAUUGUGAAUACAUACCAAAGUUGUAUUAUGAUGCACAUUUAUGCAUGAAUGAAACUAUUGAAUAUGAUGACUUGAUUCCAGUCUAUGGUAAUCAUCGUCCAGUUUGGCCAGUUUAUGGUGAAUAUAAAUUCAUUCCAAGAGAAAGAUGGCUACACAGUAUUGAGCAUGGUGCUGUUGUUAUGCUUUAUCAUCCAUGUGCUCAUCCCAAGCUGAUUGAUCAAUUGAAAUCGUUGGUUAAAAAUUGUUUGAGGAGAUAUAUUAUUACACCUUAUAAUCUUGUUGAUGUCGACAGGCCAUUUGUGCUGGUGACAAGAGGUUGUCGCAUGGAAAUGACACAAAUUGUCCCGGAAAUUGUUGAAGCUUUUAUUCGUGUAACUGGUCUUCAUGGUCCAGAAGAUAUACCAGAAGAUGGUGGCUUUGAUGAAGGACUCAUUGAAAAAGCACCACCAAGGUUUGAUGAAAGUGUAUCAACAUUGUGCUCCAAGUCAUAAUAUUAUUUAUAAAAAUCAAAUGACAAAAAGUCAAACUAACGAAAUAAAUCCAAAUUAUUAUAAAUACAAAAUGAAUAUUCAAAAAAUUAGUAUUUACAAAUAUUUAGUAUUCUUUAUGUCUUGUUUUUUUUUUUUUUUCUUUUUUAAAUAAAAACUUUUAUCUAAUUUACUGUAAAAUAAUAUUUAACUUUUAUUGAUUUUCUAAUUACAAUUUAUUCAAUUGAAUAUUUCGAAAUAAAAAUCAUUCAAAUUGUCGAAAUAUA